GACAAUCAUAGCUGUGAACCAAUCGCGAAAGAUGGCAUUCAAGUAUGUUGUACUGACAAUCGCCUUAGUGGGCCUGGCUGGUGCCAAUCCUGCACAGAAGCCUGCCUUCUGGAAGGGUACACCCAUGGACGGAAUGGUCGAGGAAAUGCGUUCGAUGUGCAGCGCGAAUGACGAUUCGGGUGCUUGUUUGAAGUAUAAAAUCAUGAACUUCUUGGAUACGGUGUUCAAAAAGGAUAAUUUCCAGAUCACCGACGGUGUUGAAGUUCACGGAAAUGGAUACACUGGCAGUGGAGCUCGCAGCACAGGUGGAAUUUUGGAUAACGUCGAAGAGUACGUGAGGAGCCAUGAUGUUACCUUCAAGCUGCCAGUCGCUGACGCUAAGUUGACCGUUUCCCCUCGUAACAUCGACAACGAUGAGCUGAGUUUGACCAUCAACUUCCCCAAAUCAGCCUCCGGACGCAGUGCUGUCGAAGCCCGCAAAUCGAAGCUAAAGAAGAUCGUCAUCCCCAUCAUGGUGUUCAUCCUCCUGAAGGCCAUGACUUUAAUCCCCAUGGCUAUCGGAAUCCUCGGGCUGAAGGCUUGGAACUCUCUGCAGCUGUCCUUCUUCUCGUUCAUCGUCUCUGUCGGUUUGGCCAUCUUCCAGCUGUGCAAGAAGCUCGCCGCCGACAGUCACCACCCACACAUUGCAGCCCAUGGUCCAUGGGAUGCUGGCCGAUCGUUUGCUGAUGCCGCUGCUUCCAGUGACGCUGAACCAACAUACGUCGGUCAGGAUCUGGCGUACAAUGCUUAUGCUUGAGCUAAGCAGAGCCUAUAGACUCAAAUAUCGUUUCCGAGAUGGCGCAAUCCUCUCGGGCGAUUCACAACACCAAAAGUGAAGUUCACAAAGCCCUAGCAAGGAACUGAAUUUUAGCGCGCCAAGGCUAGAGAAAUCGGUUCCGUUGAAGCUAAAAUAGUACAGAACUUAUUUAUUUAUUUAUUUAGUGAUGAAAUGCUUUGUCGAUGCGAUACGUCCAGUGCAAUAAA